AUGUUUCAAUCAUACAACUUCCUUUUGCAGUCAAAAAGUGCAGCCAAGCCAAUUAUUGCAGAUCAAGCACGCUUUUUCUCAAUUACAGCUUCAACAAAUGCAAGGCAAUACAAAAGUGUGGUGUCCAGAUUAGUGAAAAAGAGAAAAGAGUAUAAAGAAGGCGAUGAAAAGCCGUGGUAUUUACGUAUUCCCGAAGAAAAGCCAAAAUACCCAUUUAUCCAUAUGGAGAGGCUCUAUUUUUCAAAAGAUCCGACAGAGGACUUUAUGGUGGACAAGAGAGAGGAUCUGGAUAUCAGAUCUUGGCUUCCGAAUGUUGUCACUAAAAGAUUGUGGUCUGAAGCACUCAAUAAAACCAUUAAAAUAAGGUUGACAUCGCGUGUUCUUCGUACUAUCACAAAGGAGGGUGGACUAGACAACUAUUUGACCAAGGAGAAAUCAGCUAGAAUCAAAGAAUUGGGUAUAUUUGGAUGGAAACUAAGAUAUGACGUGUUAAAAGCACGUGAGAAAGCCAACAAGCCAUUGAAUUACGACUUGAAGAAAAAUCCUAACGGAGAAGAUGUAAAGGUGUUUUACAGUGGUACCUACAAAGGGGAACCAAUACAAUUAACCGUAGGAAGAAGAAAGCUGGCGUCACUUUUGUUUCCUGUUGUUAGAAAUCACACUACGGAACAUCUGUCGUUUGCAAAAUUUGGCGUGGAGCAUGCUAAGGCUUCAUUUGGUGAUAUUCUAAAAGAAUGUGAAGGCUAUGAUAUGGAUCUCUCGAAUGUGUCGUUUAAACCUGAAGUCUCGCAGUAA